AUGGACAGCUUUAAAACGAGAUUUGUGUUGUCUAUCCCAUUCAUUGUGCUCGGGUUCAUGCUCACACGCGCACCGUUCAUGAUGACCUCGGUAGCACCUUCGCAACCGUGGGCUGACAGCCCCUUGAAGCUCAUCACAACCCCCCAGUUCGAGACCAAGAAGACCGAUAUCUUCACGUCAGGAGCGACUCACAUGGCCUUGCUGCAUAACUCCAUCCUCCGCGGUUACAACUCCAUCUAUCAUCAAGCCCCUAUUGUCCUCGAAAAAGACAAGGCCGACUUCGUCGGUUAUUGCCUUACCUGGUUCAAGUUUGUCAAGUCGCACCAUGACGACGAGGAGAAUACCUUAUUCACCAAGAUCGAGGAGCUGCUGAAAGACACGUCGGUAUUUGACGAGACUCACAAUGAGCAUGAGUCCUUCCUCACCGGCCUCGCCGACUUCGAAAAGUACCUUACCGGCCUCAGAGGCCCCGCUGAUUUCUCGGGGCAAGAGCUACUGCGAAUCAUGAAGUCGUUCCAAGAGCCCUUUGAGCAGCAUUUCCACCGCGAAAUUGCGACCAUCUCCAGGUUCUCCAAUCACCCGAACGCGCCGAAGCCGGGAACUCCCGAAAGCGACGCCGCAGCAGCAACAUUCAAGGCAUGGGGGAAAAGCACCGUGACCAAGGCUGGUGUGAUUGAUGUGGUGCCCUUCUUCCUGCUCAACCUCGACCGCACAGUCGAGGACGGCAUGUGGGCAAACUGGCCGCCAAUGCCCGCGCCCAUCAAGUGGGGCCUGAUCAACCUAGCCGGUGCCUGGCAUUUCGGAUGGUGGAGGUUUUCCUCAUGCGAUGCUGCUGGUCGGCCCCAGGAGCUGUGGGCUUAUCGAGCGGUGGAAAAGAAUACCAGUCGCGAUCAAGAGGCAAAGGCUCAAAACGAUAUUCCAUGA